CCGUGCUACCUUUCUUGUAUAGGAGUGGCCAUGGAUAUAUUAUAAUAGUACCUUUGUAAAUAUUAAAUCAUUCUUAUACUCGUAUAGGUUGUUAUCUAUGACGAUCUAUGGUACGGAGCGGUACGGAGAUACAUACGGAAUAUCAGUUGAUAUGGGGAUAAGGAACGUAGGGAAGAAGUGCUUGUGAGGAAAACAGAAGUUGGUUAUGUCAUAAGCGAUUAGGAUGGUGACGUGCAAAAUAAUGUGUAUGUUGUUAUUGUUUUUUGAGUUAUUUUGUCUAUUUUACAUUGCACUUGGACGUGACAGUGCUACAACUCGAAAUGGGAGGCAGUGGAAUAAUUUAAGUGACAAUGUAAAUGUGAAUGAUACAGAAAAUAGAAAUAAGCGAAGCGCACCCAGAAAAAGAUUGAUUGACGAGAAUGAUUGUGUGAAAGAGAUUCAAGGAUUGUGUGGAAACUUGCCAUCAGACAGCGAUGACCUGUUUGUUUUGGAGUGUAUUCAGUCAUUUAAGGAGAACCAGUUAACAAAUAUAAAUAUAAAAUGUCAAAAUGUGAUAUGGAAACAUAUGGUAGAUCUGAUAAGUGAUGUUAAUCUACAAGAAAUAUCACAUCGUGCUUGUGGCACUGACCUUACUGGACUGGGGUGCAAAGCGACAGGAGGAAAUGGAGGAUUACUGGCAUGUAUGAUAGACCACCGUGAGAGCAUAAAGAGUGUACCAUGCCGGGCUUUCAUCCAGCGUAUGGAGUGGGUAGCCUUCAGUGAUUUUCGAAUAAUUACCCAUUUCACUGAGGAUUGUAAGAACGAUAUUUUAAAGACUGAAUGUGGUCGUAUGCAGGCAGAUAAGUCUCUGUCCCAAGGACAAACCCUGGCCUGCCUCCAAGAACACAUUGAUGCAUUGGAACCUGCCUGUCUAAAACAAGUUUUACACUUGUCAGAGCUACAAGCUGAUGAUGUGACAUUUGAUCGACAGUUAUAUCUUGAUUGUACAAAUGACCACCUGCGUUUCUGUCCUGAUGUAGCUCCAGGAAGUGGAAAAGUUUAUAAAUGUCUGAUGCAACACAAAAUGGACAGAACAAUGAGCUCUAAGUGCCAAGAACAUUUGACUCGCCGUCAGAAGUUAAUUGCACAAGAUUACAAAGUCAGCAAGGGCUUGGCAAGGAUGUGCAGAGAAGAUAUUAAAGCCUCUCACUGUCGUCGUUCUGUCUCUGAAGAUAAGGAAAUACGUCUUGCACAAAUCUUGCUGUGUCUAGAAGGAGUAAUACGCAAUGGUACCAAGGUAUCCCAUGACUGCCAGAUGGAGAUGAUUGAGCAUCGCAAAAUUCUCAUGGAAGAUUACCGUUUAUCUCCUGAAAUUGUGACUCACUGUUCUGAUGACAUUAAUAAUUUUUGCAACACAUUGGAAGUUGGUGGGAAGACAAUUCAUUGCCUGAUGGAACAUACAAGGACAAAGAAACGAAAAGGACGAGUCUCUCCACAGUGUCAGAGAGCACUUGAAUUGUUGGUGAAGGAAGUAGAUGCUGGUGAAGACUGGCGAGUGGAUCCUGUACUGCGUGAAGCCUGCAAGCCUGUAGUUGAUGUAGCCUGCAAUGAAGUGAGGGGAGGAGAUGCAAGAGUUAUGUCUUGCCUUAUGGAAAAGCUUGGAACUGAUCACAUGACUGCAGCCUGUGAAAUAGCUCUAUUGCAAAUACAGUACUUUAUAGCUCGUGACUUCAAAUUAGAUCCCCAGUUGUAUCGGGAAUGUCAUGACAGUGCUGUUCAGCUUUGUCAUGCAAAGAAGGAUUGGACAGAUGACAGUGGUCAGAUGGACCCAGAGAGAGGGCCCUUGGUGCUCCCAUGUCUAUAUCGAUAUGCCUACCAUUCAGAGAAAAAAAUGCAGUUGAAACCAGCUUGUUUGGAGGAGAUCCGACGCGUGAUGCGACAAAGAGCUGUCAGUGUGGAUCUGCAACCAGAGGUGGAGGAAGUGUGUCUAGAUUAUUUGGCACUGCAUUGCCCUGGUAAAACAGGAAAGGGCGAAGAAAUGGUUUGUCUGCAAGACAAGUUAGAGGAACUAAGUCCAAAGUGUCGUGAAGCAGUGGGAAACUUUACAGAGGAGCAAGCGGAACAUGUGGAGUUGAAUCCGCUCAUCAUGUCCGUUUGCCAGGGUGUAAUGGAGAGGCACUGUGAAGCUGAACUUAAGAUGGGAAAUGAUGAGGGAGAUAUCAUGGAGUGUUUGAUAGAGCACAAGAACGAACCAGAUAUGAGAGCAGACUACAAGUGUCGAGCUGCAGUAGAGCAUUUCCAGCUUAUCUCUCUCAAGAGCUACCACUUCACAUAUAAGUUCAAGGAAGCAUGCCGUCUCCAUGUAAAGCGGUACUGUCCUGCAUCUAGGACCAAGUUUGAUGUUAUCUUGUGCCUCAGUGAACAAGUACGGAAUGAUACCCUCCGUGAUGCAAAACAUUCAGUUUCCAAGGAGUGUCGUCAACAGCUAAGGGCUCAGUUAUUUCAACAGCGGGAGAAUAUAGACUUUGAUCCAAGACUGAAAAGAGCCUGCACAGAUGACAUACAGAAAUUCUGUCCACAGGUUCAAAAAGGAAGUGCUCAGGUGUUGGAAUGUCUGCAGAUGAAUAAACCAGAACUCACAAAUGAUUGUCACAAAGCAAUUUUCAAUGUUGAGAAGGAGGAACUACAGGACAGCUCUGUGGAUUACACACUAUUGACCACAUGCAGACAUAUGAUUCGUCAGUUCUGUCAUGAAGAGGACCGAUCACAAGCACUUGUAUGUCUCAAGAGGUACAAAGAUGAAACUACAUUUGACCCAAAGUGCAAAGGGAUAGUGGUACGUCGCAUGAUUGAGCAAAGCCAUGAUUAUCGUUUCAACCCAAUGCUACAAAAGGGAUGCCAUGUUGAUAUAUCAAAAUUUUGCUCUGAAGUCAUUGCCAAAGAGCCACAGGAUAAGGAAUUGGAAGGAAAGGUUGUCAAAUGUCUGAAGACAAAAUUCCGGGAGCGUAAACUAAGAUUAGAGUGUGAACAACAGGUGGCUACAAUUCUGCGUGAAGCAGCACUCAACUAUCAGCUGAAUCCCCUUCUGGCAACCAUGUGCAAGAAUGAGAUACACAACAUGUGUCGGUUGGAGGAUGAGACAGAGGAUGGCUCAGGUGCAGUGGAGGAAUGUCUGAAGAUGGCUUUCAACAAUCAUCGCAUCAUGAACCCUAGUUGCGAGCUGGAGAUUGCAAGUCUUAUUGAAGAAGCAAAGGCAGACAUACAUGUAGACCCUUUGCUGCAUCAGACUUGUGGUGUAGAUGUAUCCAAAUUCUGUCGUGACAUACCUCAGGGAGCUGGUCGCCACAUCCAGUGCCUGCAGAAUGUGUUAAAGGACCCAACGAAGUCAUUACAACAUGAUUGUUAUACAAUGCUGACAAAAAGAAUAGAAAUGUUUAAAAAUGCUGCUGUGAUAAUGGAGCCUAAGACAUUUGAAGAACUGUAUAGUCAGAUGUCUCGCUCUCCUGCAAGACGAUAUUUCAUGAUAGUUGCUUUCACUGCUGUGGGCAUUGUCUUCAUUGCAGGGCUAUUCUGUGGUCGCACAAUGCGAAGAACAUUGAUGAUGAAGAAUAAAUAGAAUGUUGACACCAACAUGUUUUAGAUCUUUUGUACAAUUACAGGAGGUACCAGCUUGAAUAUACAAUAAAGUAAACAGUUUAAAUGUGUGA